UAAAGCGCCUCUGUCGGAAAAAUUAGUCAAAUUCACUCUGUCAAAGUUUUGGUGUGAAUUAAUCGAAUAAAAGGGGGAGGUGCAAACGACGAGAUAUUUUCUUCCUUUGGUUGCUUUUCAUUUCCAUCCAUCCAUCGACCAUUGUUAUCCCACAGAAGUGCUGAAUCGGCUAUUUUAUUUCGCAUUCACGGAGGAAGGGAACAUUCAUUUGUGAAAGGAGAGACUGUGAUUUUUUUUCGAAGUGUAAUCUCUCUCUCUCUCUCAAAGUGUGCGUGUGUGUUGUGCUUAAGUGUUAAGAAAUAUUUUUAAAAAAAAAAGUAAGUCGGGAUGUCUCAAAUUGGGAGAACGGCAAAGAAUCUCGAUGGCACGAGAUCACUCAAGUCCUCAGUGCCUCGUCAGCCGGUUCAUCCGCAGCAAGUGUAUGAGCUCCAAACUGUUGAUCAGCUGAUUGAGUUGAUUGAAGUUGUGGCUGCAUCACUGACGACGGCUUCAGUGGAUUCGGGCAAGAUGAACAUGCUUCUGUCGAAUUUGCGUGUCUAUGGGCCACAUUUGGAGGCCCUCUCCAAGGAUAUUCUGGAUAAGGCCUUUGUGACCUUUCGAAAUGCAUCUCAGGAUGAGAGACUCAAUAUCAUGACGCGUCUCAAUUUGCUCGAAUUGAUUGAAUUGCGGGCUAAAUCGUGGCAGAUCUCGGACGAAGUCAACACAUACUAUAAACACAAGGCGACAAAUGUUGAGCCUGCUUUUAUACCAUCUGCGACAGUGAAUGACUUGACGUUGUUAGGCACCUCCCCCCCGGAAUUGAUGGGACAGUCACAACCAGCAAUUCUGGCCCCAGGUGAACUCUUGAGGAAUUCUGGAAAAUUCACAAAACCCACAAAGAUCCCCGGGAAGAAUUACUCAAAGGACGAAGUUGUUAUUCGAAAUGCUGACUCUGGAAAAGUUAUGGGCAUAAAAGGACGUAGAGUUCACAUGAUUGAGGAGUUGAGUGAGACAAUCAUUUCAUUUCAGAGAGUGAAUCCUGGAGCCAAAGAACGUCUAGUUCAGAUUACUGGACCAAAUGAGGAUAAAAUCAACUAUGCUAAGCAACUGAUUGAGGAUACAAUCAGACGAAAUGCAUCUCCAGUGCGCCUGGAGACAUCUCAAGCUGGUGGCUCAUGCAGUUCUCUGGCCUCAUCGGCUUCAGAUGAGACACAGAAUUCCCUGAGAGCUGCCCGGAACAGUAUUGGUGCUGCUGCAAUGGCCGUCAUUGCGGCCAAUCAGCUAAACAAUAAUCCAUAUAUGCCACAACAAGUGGCAGCAGCUGCAGGAGCUCCAGGUGGUGGUGCCUUAGCAUCUCAGGUGCCUUCAGGGGGCAAGUUGUCACGUGGUAGCGGAGUUGCUACCAGUGGUCAAGUGCUCCUCCACAGCUACUCAACAAAUGAUGCCUCACUCGGUGAAUACAAAUUUACCGUGAGUGUUGGUCCACACAAUAUCAAAAUCACGGGAGAUCGCUGUGAUUUAGUCAGGGCUGCCAAACUCGUGCUGGAUGAUUAUUUCAGUAGCAGCGAGUUUUUGGCAUCUGUGGAUGCUGGAAUGGGUGGAUCCUUUGAAGCAUCCAUUCCAUCAUAUUCACAUCAAGGUGCUGGAUCUGUGCCAUCGACUCCACUCAAUCCCUAUGCUCCACCUGUUGUCCCAGUCUCCCAUCAACUCGGCGGUUCAACCUCCCCCUUCGCAGACAGUGGCAUUGGGCUCAAUUUGCUGGCCCAGAGCGCUUCAGGUUCCCCAGGAAAUGGCCUAAGUAUCGAUGCUGAGGAUGAUGUCUUCACAGCUGAAGCUCUGAAUACAUCAACGGAGAGUUCGUCCUCUCAUGCUUCAAGUAACAACAGCAUCGUGACGUCGACGCCAUCUAAUGGUCUCACACGAUCCCGCAGGAGCCACUUUUCGCGCCAAGAGAGCACACCCGAGGCUGUGCCGAAGGAGUCCUCGGCGGAGAAUCAAGUGCGAAUUGUCCAUGAAUAUGAAGAUCUAAUUGCCUUCGCAAAGUCACCCCUGUCCUGGGCACUGCCCAAGGAUUGGCCGAAAAUUUGCGAGAAGCAUCCGUUUUUGGUGCGCAAUAAGAACUUGGAUGAUGAGAAAAAUCGCUUUGAUGGGGAAAAACAUUUGCAACUCUACAAAUCUGGCGCUUUCACGGAUAUUGUAUACGUGAUUGAUGAUUCAGAUGAGCACGAAUGAGAUGUGAUUCCUUUCUGUCCUGGGGGCAAAAGUGUGAAAGCGAGAAGAUUUCCCAUGAAAAAAAUAAAUAAAUAAACCGAAAAUAUUCCUUGGGAAGAUGUCUCUGCAUUUUUGUGUGAGAGAAUUUCACAGUGAAGUAAAAGAAAUCACCAAUUAAUCGAAUUACGAAACAUAGAAAUUUAUAAAGCAAAUUAAAUUAAAAAAAAGAAAACUGUAGAAUUUAACCUGAAAAAAAAUCACUCUAGUCUAAUCUUUUCUAAAGGGUUUUUCUUUCCUUUAGAACAAAAUAAAGAAAAGUUUUUAUCUCUCAAAAAAAGGAAAAAAAAAUAAAUAAAAAAGUCAUUUUAAUCAUCAAACAAUGUAUAAUUUUUAUUUCUUACAUCUUAUUACAGUAAUUUUUAUUUUUUUUUUACUUAACUCAGUAAUUAAUAAAAAAAACGGAAGAUGAUUAAAACUCCUUGAAAAAAAAAGUAUUUCAUUUCUCUCUCUCUUAACAUUAUUAUUUUUUUUAUUUAUUAGCUGCACGUGAAAGAAAACGAAAGAAUUUGAAUUUAUCAUUGCUGAAAAGUAGGAAGAAAAUUGUUAAUCAAUUUCUUUUUUAAUUUAAUGCUCAGCAAAAAAUCUCGAUUUCCAAAAUUUUUCAAUAAUUUCUUUUUUUUCUAAUAUAAUUGUGACAAAAAUUGUUUAUAAUACAAAAAUAUGCUUGUAACAAAUAACGAUAUAUUUGUAUCAAAUAAAAAUCCUAAAUAUUUUA